AUGGAUCCUCUACCUGCUGCAUUACCGAUGGCAGCUGCUUCACGUACCCAAUCCGUAGCCGCACAACAACUCGCCUAUGCUGCGGCUACGGGUCCCGGUGGAGCGAAUAGUCAAACGCUCUCAUCGCCGUAUAUCCCUCUCGAAUUAAUGAUGUAUCAUCACCAUCAUCCGGCAGCCGGUCUAGUUCUGCCACAAGCCCAAGUUGCACCGUGUCUACUGAGCACACAGGUGGGUUUACUAUGGGUUCGUUUUUUCUAUUGA